GGAAGACACAACAACCAUGGGGGGAAAAGGCGUGGGUCUAAAGGAGGGAUCGAGUAUGGACUUGGUCGUCGGCAGUCUAAUACUAACUCUGAACAGGAACAGUGUCCACAGGACCCAGUAGUAACAGAUCCUUUGUUAGGCCUGGGGGCGAGACCAAAGGUACAUUCCAAAACAUUCAACAAUGAUAAGCACAGAGGAGGUCAUCGUGAUAAUACUGACACACAUGAUACAAGUCAAAUUACAAGAGACGAACAUUCCAAAAGUCAAGGUUUGACGCAACGAGGUCAACAAAUUAAUCAAAAUGGAAGAUCGAAUAGGCAACAACGACAACCAGGCCAGAGAGAUCAACGGCAGUCUCUUGGGAAAAAGGAUCAUCAUCUCCAAGAUGACAACAGUUCAGGUGGAAAUUCGUCAUUUUAUGGUCGAAUUUGGCGAAACAGUUCUCAUGGACAAAAUAGCAGCUCUUUUGAGAGUAAUAUUGAACAGGGUUAUAACCAACGUGGUAAGAAAUCACUGUUAGGGCCAGUUCCUUCAGAUUUGUCUGAAAUGGAAUGGAUCGGUCAAAACCCCAGAAGAGGUUGUAUGCCAAAUAACCCUCAAAACAAUCAAGGCUCAGUUCAUGAUGGGGUCUAUAACAACCAAGGUUCUGUUCUUGAUAGAGCAUACAGCAAUCGAGGUUCAGUCCAUGAUAGAGCACAUAUCAAUCAAGGUUCUGUACAUGAUAGAGCAUAUAGAAAUCAAGGUUCAUUUCAUGAUAGACCACACAGUAAUCAAGGUUC